AUGUUGUUUCAGCUGUUUGAUCAUAACAGUACUCUCGAGAACCAGACGGAAAACUUUGAAUCUGCAAAUCGAUUUGCUCCGGAGAAUGCGAUCGGAGCUCGGAAACUGAGUAAGUGCGGGCUCUACUCUCGGUGUUUCGUUAGCGAUCGGAUAAUGGGGAAGAUGUUUACUGGGUUAGUGGUAGUCUUGUCAUUGCUCUCUCUACUCCCCGUUCCAUCGGAAUCGGCUGUUUCGAGUGUAGAUCUAGGUUCGGAAUGGGUAAAAGUCGCCGUCGUUAACCUGAAACGGGGACAGAGCCCAAUCUCCGUAGCCAUUAACGAGAUGUCAAAGAGGAAAUCCCCAGCUUUAGUGGCAUUCCACUCCGGUGACAGAUUACUGGGUGAGGAAGCUGCUGGAAUAACGGCUCGUUACCCUAAUAAAGUUUACUCCCAGCUAAGGGACAUGGUGGGAAAGCCUUUCAAACACGUCAAGGAUUUCAUCGAUUCAGUGUACUUACCGUUUGAUAUUGUAGAAGAUUCUAGAGGUGCAGUUGGUAUUAAGAUCGAUGACGGUUCGACUGUUUACUCGGUGGAGGAGUUGUUAGCUAUGAUCUUGGGUUAUGCCUCGAACCUAGCUGAGUUCCAUGCGAAAAUCCCGGUGAAGGAUAUGGUUGUUUCAGUGCCACCUUACUUUGGUCAGGCUGAGAGACGUGGCUUGAUCCAGGCUUCUCAGCUGGCUGGUGUUAAUGUCCUCUCUCUGGUUAAUGAGCAUUCCGGUGCCGCGUUGCAGUAUGGGAUUGAUAAGGAUUUCUCAAACGGGUCGAGACAUGUUAUAUUCUAUGACAUGGGCUCAAGUAGUACUUAUGCAGCCCUUGUCUAUUACUCUGCUUACAAUGAGAAGGAAUUUGGAAAGACUGUUUCUGUCAACCAAUUUCAGGUCAAGGACGUUAGAUGGGAUUCGGAACUUGGAGGACAGAGUAUGGAGAUGCGCUUGGUAGAGUACUUUGCAGAUGAGUUUAAUAAACAGCUCGGUGGUGGAAUUGAUGUGAGAAAAUUCCCCAAAGCAAUGGCUAAAUUGAAAAAACAAGUCAAACGUACAAAGGAAAUUUUGAGUGCAAACACUGGAGCUCCCAUAUCGGUUGAAUCUCUUCAUGAUGAUCGUGACUUCAGGAGCACAAUUUCCCGUGAGAAGUUCGAGGAACUGUGUAAAGAUCUGUGGGAGAGAUCUCUUACACCUUUAAAAGAUGUGCUCAAGCAUUCAGGUUUGAAGAUGGAUGAUAUAUAUGCAGUGGAGCUAAUAGGAGGAGCUACCAGAGUUCCGAAACUACAGAGCACGAUCCAGGAAUUUAUUGGGAAACAAGAUUUAGACAAACAUCUUGAUGCUGAUGAGGCUAUUGUCCUCGGCUCAUCACUACACGCUGCUAACUUGAGCGAUGGAAUCAAAUUGAAACGUAGGCUUGGUAUAGUUGAUGGUUCUCCCUAUGGUUUCCUAGUUGAGUUGGAAGGCCCUAAUGUCAAGAAAGAUGAGAGCACAAAGCAACAACUCGUACCACGAAUGAAAAAGCUACCCAGCAAGAUGUUCAGAACCUUUGUCCUCGACAAAGAUUUUGAUGUGUCACUUGCUUAUGAGCCCGAGGGUAUUCUACCUCCAGGGACCACCUCCCCUGUGUUCGCACAGUAUUCUGUUUCUGGUUUGGCGGAUGCGGCUGAGAAAUAUUCUUCCCGGAAUCUAUCAGCACCUAUCAAGGCAAAUUUACAUUUCUCUCUAAGUAGAAGUGGGAUUAUCAGUCUAGAUCGGGGAGACGCUGUAGUUGAAAUCACAGAAUGGGUAGACGUUCCUAAGGCGAACGCGACUGUUGAUAAUAACACAACCACAACAACAGGCAAUGCCUCUGACGAGAACUCUCAAGAAAACAAAGAGGAGCUACAAGCUGAUGAUGGAAACAGCACUGCUUCAAAUACAACCACAGAAGAACCAGCUGUGGUUGAAACAGAAAGAAAGCUGAAAAAGCGGACAUUCAGGGUUUCUCUGAAGGUAGUUGAGAAAACUGUUGGACCUGGAGCUCCGUUUACUAAAGAGUCUCUUGCUGAAGCUAAGAUAAAAUUAGAAGUACUGGACAAGAAAGAUAGGGAAAGAAGAAGAACGGCCGAGUUAAAAAACAACCUUGAAUCUUAUAUAUAUGCUACCAAAGAGAAGCUAGAAACACCCGAGUUUGAAAAGAUAUCCACUGAGGAAGAGCGCAAGGCGUUUGUUGAGAAGCUUGAUGAGGUGCAAGAUUGGCUUUACAUGGACGGCGAGGAUGCUAAUGCCACAGAGUUUCAGGACCGGCUCGACUCCCUAAAAGCCAUUGGCAGUCCAAUAUCUUUGCGAUCAGAUGAGCUUACAGCGCGACCCGUAGCAGUUGAAUACGGACGAAAAUACCUAACAGAAGUAAAAGAGAUCAUAAAGGAGUGGGAGACGAACAAAACUUGGCUUCCAAAACAAAAAAUCGACGAGGUCUCAAAGGAAGCUGAGAAAGUAAAAAGCUGGUUGGAAAAGAAUGAGGCUGAGCAGAAAAAGAGUGCUCUGUCGAGCAAGCCAGUGUUCACGUCCGAUGAAGUCUACGCCAAAGUAUUUGCUCUGCAAGACAAGGUCACAAAGGUCAAUCGGAUUCCUAAGCCAAAGCCAAAGGUAGAGAAAGCAACAAAGAAGGAGAACACAACCAAGGAAGAGGAACAAUCAAAAUCCUCAGACUCCAAUUCUUCUUCUGAAUCUGAACCUGCCAAAGAAGAAGAAAGCCACGACGAGCUUUGA